CCAAUCAGGAGCGAGAGUCUUGGCGCGGCGCGCAGGCGCGCUGGGGGCGGGAGGCCGCGGAUUCAUGUGGAGGAGGGACUUUUUAAAGGGGCUGGAAGUGAACGUGUGAAAUGGCUGCGAAGGUGUUUGAGAGCCUUGGGAAGCUGGGCCUGGGCUUGGCUGUUGCAGGUGGAGUUGUCAAUUCUGCUCUUUACAACGUUGAUGCAGGCCACAGAGCUGUCAUCUUUGACCGGUUCCGUGGGGUGCAGGACACAGUGGUAGGAGAAGGGACCCACUUCCUCAUCCCCUGGGUGCAGAAACCCAUCAUCUUCGACUGCCGCUCCCGCCCCCGGAACAUUCCUGUCAUCACUGGCAGCAAAGAUCUGCAGAACGUGAACAUCACGUUGCGGAUCCUGUUCAGACCAGUGACCGCCCAGUUACCGCGGAUUUUCACCAGUAUUGGAGAGGACUAUGAUGAGCGUGUCCUGCCCUCGAUCACAACUGAAAUCCUCAAGUCUGUUGUGGCUCGCUUUGAUGCUGGAGAACUGAUCACUCAGAGAGAGCUGGUUUCAAGGCAAGUUAGUGAAGAUCUCACAGAGAGAGCAGCAACCUUUGGGCUCAUUCUGGAUGACGUGUCUUUGACCCAUCUCACCUUUGGCAAAGAGUUCACAGAGGCAGUGGAAAUGAAGCAAGUGGCCCAGCAAGAAGCAGAGAGAGCCAGAUUCAUUGUGGAAAAGGCUGAGCAGCAGAAGAAAGCAGCUGUCAUUUCUGCUGAGGGAGACUCGAAAGCAGCUGAGCUGAUUGCCAACUCUCUGGCCACGGCAGGGGAUGGUUUGAUCGAGCUGCGCAAGCUGGAGGCAGCCGAGGACAUCGCCUACCAGCUCUCGCGGUCCCGCAACAUCACCUACCUGCCCUCGGGACAGUCCGUGCUGCUCCAGCUGCCCCAGUGAGCCCUGCAGCCGUAGCUAGCUAGCCUGACCACCUCCACCCACCAGAUCAGCCCUUUUCCAAAAGAAUCUUUGUGAUUUCCUGAUUGAUAAAAGCAGAGAAGAUUUCAAAAUCCACCCUUUUUUUUUUUUUUCUUUUUUUGAAUUCCUAAUCAAAUAAACCUGAACACAGACCUGCAUUCCUCCCGUCUGCGGUCAGAGCUGUGGCUCCACUGACCAGUAAGCUAGGUUUUGAGAAUUGCCCCUUUCCAGGCAGUUUGAGCAACAGGAGCAGAGUUUACAUCUGUUCCCUCCUGGGAUAAACAUGUAGCCCAGGUGUCUCCCUGAGCCCAGGAGAGCUGGAUCCAUCCGGUCUCACAGCGAUGCUUCCGUGCCUUUAGGCUGGCUGAGCCAAGGUCCUCACAGACUUGCAGAUCCUGGACUGUGGAACAGGGACACUUGGAGCUCACUCCUCAGCCAAGCCAGUCUUCUUCAAGUGUCAGCUGAGAGUAAGAGGACAUCUCAGCCAUGAGGACAGUGGCUCUGCUGUGCCCCUGUGAACAUUGGCACUGACAGCUGGAGGCACAGGUGGAGUGAAUCGCCGCUGGGGGUGAGACUAGCAGAGAUCCACGUCAUGCAGCAGGUGGAGUUCAGGCAUGGAGGAGAUAGUUCCACUGCAGGAAAUAACUUCUCAGGUGCAUGAUGGCAAUGGGACAUCUCUACUUCUCCCCCUGCUGCCACACACUGAUUUGUUGGCUGCCAGGUGCCUGGUUGUGCAGCGUUGAGUUUUUCAUCAAGGUCAGUAGAAGUGGCUCUUGGCCUGUCACAAAAGAGCUCCUGGGACACAGGAGGGAGGACUCUGUGCUCCCAGCUCAGGCAGCCAGAGGUGGGCAGAAUUCUCUUGUUACAUCAGUGCUUUUUUAUUUAGGGAACCUGAAUCGUGAGGAGGAUGUGAUGGGUUUGAGAUUGUAUAGCCAGCCUUCAAUAAAUGUCACAGUCCCAAAUGUA